GUGUGUGUACUUUGCUUCAGUCCUCCCCCAGUUUCUGCUCGCCUGUGUGACACUCUGUGGAUUAAUAACUCAUACCAUGUUGUUAUUUUGCCGACAGAUCAUCUGAUGUCAAAGAACGCUGGUUAGAUAUACUCCACAGAAAUAUUAAAGACACAAAAGCGAGGGUUGGUUGUUCUUCCUCGCCUCCAGACGUCCUCAUGAAGGUGUUGAGUGGCAGCAUCACGACUAAAACUCUAACAGGAGGAAGCAUGGAACCAUUCAUUGAUUGUCCAAUUGAUGGUGUUGCAAAUAUCUCUUCGCAACCGAAACAGUUACAUAACCCGGAGGACAAGACCACACAGCCCAUUGAAACCAGGUGGAAGUGGCUCAAGAAGGGUACUAGUUUCAGCAGGAAAGCCCGCAGAUCAGAUGCAGACACAAAGACGCAGCUGUUUGGACAGCCACUCUGCAAGAUCAGUCCAGACGACUGCUCUCUCCCCAAACCAGUCACAGAGAUGCUGCUGUUGCUGAGGAAGAGAGGGCCAUCCACAGAGGGAGUGUUUCGAAAAACCUGCAACAGCAAAGUCAUGAAGGAUGUCAGGGAGCAGCUCAACAACGGGUUGGAGGUGGAUCUGGAGAAACAGCCGGUCGCUCUGCUUGUCGGGCUGCUCAAAAGUUUCCUUAAAGAACUUCCUGGAAGCCUGCUGGUGUCUGAACUUUAUGACAACUGGAUGACGGCUCUGGAUAAUGAAGACACCCAGCAGAGAACUGUGGAAAUCAGAAACGUGGUAAACAAGCUUCCUGUAGCCAACAAACUCCUCCUGCAGCACGUCGCCUGCGUCCUCCAUCACAUCAUUGAGAAUGCCGACAUCAACAAGAUGGACGCCUACAACUUGUCGGUGUGUAUCGCCCCCACACUGCUGCAGCUGGACGGCUCCCCGCUGGAUGAGCAGAAGGAGAAGAUGAAGAAGGUCACAGAGCUAACUCAGUUCCUGAUUGAGCAUUGUGAAAUACUUGGAGAAAAUAUCUACAACCUGCUGGAUACUGAUGAAGACUCAUUGUCCUCUCAGCAUCACGACUCUGCUUACGACAGCACAGACCCUGACGGAGAUGGAGAGGCAGGAGAGAGUGUCGGUUCCACACACGGCCGCAGCUGCUCCUCUUCCUCUCUCAGUCCCAGCCUCUCCGCCUCCUCCUCCUCCUGGCCAGCCGAUGCUUCCUUCAACAUGAAGCCACCAUUCGACCGCCGCUGCUCCGAGCCCAUCAUCCAUCUCCCUGCUGAUCUCCAGAGCAUGUGUGCCCACGCCAGGAGCCAUGAUGACUGCUCGGUGGAGAGGAGGGGCUUCGAGGAGCAGCCGCUGACGAAGCAGAUCUCGGACGACUCCUUCUUGCUCCGAGGACGAGGAGCGAGACCAGUGGUUAUGUUUCCCAAACUGAGCAGCAGCUCUAACAUGGAGCCACUGCCCUACAUGGCAGGAAAUCACACCAAGAACUGCUCGUGCUCUUCCUUAGAGAGCGCUGCCUCCAACCAAUCAGACGGCUCUGUUUUUACCAGUUCCCCUGUUGGCUCACCAGCCUGCCAAAGGAGAGCGAACACAUCGAGCCAGACCUCAAUGGCGGCAAAGGCUCAGCCGGACAUUCCCAGACCUAUUUCAGAUGAGAAAAAGCGUUCACAGUCCAUGAGACUUCCUUCUAAAGUCCUGCUGAGGACCAGGAGUUUAGGAGCGUUCAGCAGGAACAGCCUGAAGAAAGACUCUCAAAAAGACAACGCCUUUCCGUGUGAAACUCUCCAGGAGGACUCUCAGAGCGAAGCAGACCCACAAGCCGAGCUCCUGCUCAAACCCCGCCCUCUGUCGGCCAUUGAAGUGUUUAAGCAGGUGGACAGCCGGCUGCCCUCCAGGCCGCCGUCGUACAAACACGCAGUGCAGAGCAUGGGUCCUCUUCCACAGUACAACUCAAUGACUGUACACGAUGCCGUACAGCUGGAGAGAAGAUCCCGUCCAUCCUCGGUCAAUUACGAUCUCCUGUCUUCCUACUCUGCCAGUCAGUACAUAGACAGUUUAGCUCAAACCAAUAUGGUCGAGCAGCGACAUACUUUUCGACAGAGAGCAAUGUCCGAGUCGGUGCCCGCAAGUCAUCACGAGGUCGUGUCACGGAGGUGCAGCCACCCGGUGUUUGAGGAAUUUUCUUAUGCCAAGGAGUCCUAUGUUUGACUGAUCACUUUAAAGCUGUUUAAUGCAUUGGCUUUUAGCAAACAUUUAUCAGAGUUGAAUAUUAGUGGGCAAAGCUAAAAAAAAAAAAAAAAAAGAGUUUCUAACUGCCAGUUAGCUUCACUGCUUGCUUCCUGAACUUCAUAUUUCUGUCUUGUGUGUUUGUUUUAAUAGCAGGGAGCUUUGCAUCAUACUGGCAGACACUUCUUUCCCUUUCAGUGGUUUUUGUUGGUUCGACGGAAGAACUAUUGUUGAAGCUUCGCCCACUGAGCAGCUGCGCUUGUGUUUGUACAGAAAGUCCAAUCUAUGACUUUUACACUGAUUCACUUUGAAUGAAUGUCCACUAUGUGCCGCCUUGAUGGUUGCACAUUGUCAGUAGUACUGUUUAGAGUACAACUUUUAAAGUACAUAUAAUGAUAGAUAUCUAGUCUAUCCUAAUGAAGCUAUGACAACACAGUUCACUGUGGAUCAAAUAUGCUAUGACUUUUGAACUGUAAAUAUUUCUUUAAGUUUUUGUAGACAAAGUGUCGUACACAAAAACAAGAUGAGCACAAAUGUUUGGCUUUUUGUACAUAUUCUUCACCUUCCAUGUUUUUUUUCUGUCACUACAUUACAGCACUUUUCUGAUUGAUAACGAUGCUUUGUAUGCUAAUUGUAAAUAAAGGGAUAACAGCAGUAUGUUUA